AUGCCAAGCAAAAAGGAGAAGAAGCCAAAAAUUGAAAAGGAGCACCUAGACCAAGGAGCGCGCUUGCUUAUCACUGGUGGAGAAUGUGCCACUAGUGAUUACAAGCGAUGUUGGGUUGACUUAUCCAAAGGGAAUGCUGGAUACUCUGGUGAAAAUUCAGUCAAUGUUGGAAUGACGUUCAACGGUAGUGAAAAGUUUUACACAACACGGCUUAACACAUCUUCUGUCAUACCUCGUUCUUUGGUGUUCAACAAGAAUGCCGGAUGCAAUAAGUUCCUGAACAAUCGAGACAAGGAGAGCAGAAAGAUCCUGAAAGGAAUGGGAGACGUUGCCAGAUCCCUGGCUAAGUAUGCCUAUGAAAGAAAGGUCAGUCCCAAUAUUGCCAAAUCCAUUCUCAAAUAUGUUUUCUACAAGAUGUUUGAGCAGUACAGGGGCUAUCUGGGGGAUUCCGCUGAUGAACAAAACAGUGAGGCUGGGCUCGAGAUGCCAAACCUUGGAGAUACUCCAAUGAAUGUCCAAGACGACCCUACUUCUUAUAUUAUCUGA